GGAUUGUCAAACCAAACAGAUUUAACACAGAUCGUGCCAGUGUGACCCAAUACCUAGCGAAGACCCAACUAUGCACUUGUGAUUAAUCCAAAUUUAAGUUAAUGAGUAUAUUUAUAUAUUGACAACAGCCGCAAACGAUAAAUGGAAACUCCAUAAAGGAAGUUAAGUGCGUUUCAUACCAACACCUCGCAAGAAGAACUUGUUGGAUUUCGGGAGAGAUAUCGUAUCUUUAUUCUCAACGCAAUAGAACGAAUGCAGAUCCGGCAUAUUAAUGGUGUCAACCGGUAUUAUAUUUAAAUUGUUGCGAUGAGCACGAUGCAAUCCAUUCACCUCUAUCGGUUAGAGUCACAAGAGAUUCUGUUAGCCAGACAUUACCUGAAAGUGGUAACUUAGUCGAGUGAUAAAGACAACGGUCGCAACCUGAAAUAAAAGGACAAGCGAAAUCACUGGAACGGCUCCCAAGUAAAUCACGCACACUUCACUGUCAAAAUAAACGAGAAUAUGCUGAAGAAACAGUAAAAACAGUAUUACUUACGUUUUGAUUCCACUCUUUCCACAACUAAAAAAAACAUUCCUCUUGAACGUGGCGGGAAGAAUCGCGAUAAAGCAUCAAGCCAUCUGGCUUAUCUAAGUUGUGAUCAAUUGAUAGAAACGGAAUAGGAAACAGACACGCAUAGGUUCGCUUCCAUUAAACCGAUGUACCAGGAACUUAUACCUGCUCUAAGCCAGUGUGCCCUUACUGGUUUUCGGACAGCGACCAAACUAAAAACGUUUAUCGAUUGUUUCAAGAAAUAGUAACAGUCAGCACAGUCAAAUUUAACUUGGGUCUUCCGUUUCUGACAUAUUGUAUAUUUUGCGCAGAGAUUCUUAUGUUUAAAUAACGCUACUUGUUUGGAAAAAGCUUGCAUUUAAGUAACCCAGCGCCUCAAAGUUUAAUUGUUACGAGCGAAUGGUUGCGAAUGUUGCAAUGAAUACCUCCCUUGAUGACCAUGGAAGAAAGGUCAUCAUUGAAUUUUGCCAUCUUCUCGAAAAAUCGAAACAGUUAUUUAACGGUUUAAGAGAACUUCCCCAAUACGGGCACAAACAAUGGCACUCACAUUUUGGCCGAACGUUCGAUGUGUAUACCAAACUUUGGAAGUUUCAACAGCAACACCGCGCUAUUCUUGACAGCAAAUAUGGUCUCAAACGGUGGCAGAUUGGGGAGAUUGCUUCGAAAAUUGGUCAACUUUACUAUCACUUCUACCUUAGAACAAGUGAGACGGCGUACCUCAAUGAAGCGUUUUCAUUUUACUACGCCAUAAGAGGACGGUGCUACUAUACAAAAGCGUGCAAAGAAGAUAAAUGUGAAUUAAUGGUCAAAAAAUUAAGAUAUUAUGCAAGAUUUAUUGUAGUAUGUUUGCUUCUCAAGAAAAUAAAAUUAGUUCGAGAGUUGAUUAAAGAGUUAGAUAGACAAAUAAUUGAAUAUGGGAACACGUAUGACCCAGAUGACCAAAUGGAGUGGACGGUUGUCGUAGACGAGGUAAAAGCUUUUAUUCAAGCGGAACCGGUCAUAUCGGUUAUACAUCCCGACAACCAUCCCGUGAUCCUUUCCCACAGGCUCAGCAGUCUGACUACCCCACCUGUAGAAAGAUCACCUCAAAUGACUCUGUCUCUUCAAGAAGUCUUGAUAAUAGGAAGUAGUUCACUGCAAGCCAAGUUUUCUGAACUCACCAUAGAUAUGUUCCGAAUGCUUCAAACGCUCGAGAGAGAACCGUCGGGGCAGCCGCAACACAUGUAUGACGACUCGCCGCGGCAACGAUUCAUUUCCAAUCCUACACUGCCUACAAGUAAAGGAUACAAUUUGGAGAAUGGUCCGCGACGUGACAGCCCUCACAAGUUUCUACUAUUCAAGCCAUCGCCAAGCCAAGUGCUAGUUUACCUGGCAAGUGGCUGCAACGACCUUCCUCCGAGCGGCGCUCUGCUGUUGUACAUCUCUGCAGAUGGGCAGAUAGUCCCAGCCUCAAAACACCCUGAAGAAAUGGGUUACGAGGUCGGUGGGCUUAUCACGACCUCUCGAAGUGACAUUCACAGGGACUGCGUGAAAGAACCAAAAAGCGCGGCCGCCGGCGUUUCGGCCCCCAAAUACAAGGAGCAGCAAUGCUUGCACCCCGGGGACCUGUACCCCUUCACGCGGAGACCGUUAUUCAUCAUCAUCGACUCGGACAACUCCUGUGUGUUCCAACACAUACCGCGUCACUUUGGACAACCUCUUGUUAUUUUAAUGUCGCCUUUAGAUGUCCCACAGCCGUUUCAAGAAAACAAACAGCAGGGCAACCUUUUCACCAUUUUCCUGACGACACCGUUGACUGCCUUCGCGUACAUCUGCGACAUACACACCAUGUCGUUAAACCACUGGGAUCGGGCUCAGGGAUUCGUCGAUACAUUCAUGGCUGAAGCAUCACAGAUUGUGACCAGAAGUCGCAUCGACAUAAUGUACAUAAUGUUCAUGGGCGACGAUUAUCUGAGGUUACUGCUGCUCCGCUUCGUGUUUUGCGAAGUGACGCUGCGGCUGCACCGGGCCUUCCGCUCCCGCACCCAGCUCACGCGCGCCUCGCCGCCUCUGCCCGAGGAGAUCCUCGAUCAUCCCACGCUGGUGCAUAUUGUGCUAGACCUGGCUAUGAAUUUACAGGCCCGCGGCCAUUUCCACGAUCCCGGGAGCGCCGGACCGUCGCAGGGCAAGGAUUGAUCCAGGGUAUCUUCCGUUACAUUCGCCAAGCAGUGAACAUUUCCUACACUCUUCCCUUCAUACAAAUUAGACAUAACUAUCCAUUUAUUAUACCUAUGUAUCGCACUUUACUUAUGCCAAGGCUUUUUCAAGUCAUGACGCGUUAAAUUUAUUCAAAUAUCUAUGAAAACAAUUAAGGUUCCUUAUGUAUCUUUACAAAGAUUACCACUUUCUAGCAAUUAAGAGAAAAUACCUCAAACUAUUAAACACUUCUAAGAAAGUUAUUCAAAGAUAUAGGUAUAUCUAUAUAGAUUUAUAUCUAUAUAUAAAUAGGUAAGCUUUAAAUACUGUUACAGAUUGCAUUGCGUUUUUUUGCCGAAUGUUGCAAAAUGAGUAAAUUAUAAUAAAAAAAACAAUAGUAAAUAGUUUUAAUAUAGUGAAUACCUAGAAAGGUAAAUUUUCGAAAAUGUCAAUAUCGAGCGAUUGUACCUAAUGUUGACUUUUGAAACCUUUUCCUGCUGUGAGGUAAGAAUUUGCUCAACGGAAUUGAUUUGUUAUGUAUAUAAAUAUAUUAUAAUUUAAGCUUAAGUAUAUAAAACUAGUAUAGUCAGAUCAAAAAUAUAAAGUAUAAUACAUUAGCAUUACAAUGAGCAAAAUAUUAUUAAAAUAAUGGAAUGCAUCUUAAAGUCGUACUUAGCAGAAAAUAAUAGUAUGACUUACAUAAGCACUUCUCACUUUUUAUUUUAAGGAUGACUCACCCUAUUGUAGAAAGGUCUGGGUUCGGGUCGGGCCGUCCAACACUUCAGUUUUCUAUAUCACGAGGUCACCGAACAGGCGAACAGGCGAACACCCGUCAUAAGAAACUAAGCGUCGGAAGCCUCGACCCGGGCCCGGGCUGGCCGUGCAUACUUUAUGAUACCUAUACGAUGACUGCUGCGAGGAAUACAAAGCAUUUAUCAAAUCAAUUAAUUGUUUUUGUAACACUUCCCAAAACUGCAGUUUUUAUAUGAGUACACUCCUAUAAAUAGGUAAGUUGCUUCAAUUUUAAAAAUUCCCAAUCUACACUUAUAUUUCACUUAAUUGAUGAGUUUAAUGAUAUUCAUAAUAUAAUAUUUCAAUUAGAUAUAUGUUUAUUUAUCCAUUGCUAUUUUUAUUUUUAAAUAUAUGUACCAUGUUGCCGUCUUUUUUAGCACUGAAACAGAAUAGAUACCUAAU